GCAGCAUGAAAGGAAUUCGCAGAGAGCUCGUCGGGUCAGAGAGAUUUCUCUCGGGUUGAGUCUUUGGAUUCGGCUCUCACGACUGCUCACGACCGUGGUGUGAGUAGCGAAUGUUUACUCGUUUCCACGCUGGUUUCAUAAUGCCUCGCAUUUUUUCGUAUGAAUUUGCCCCAUGUCAAAUCCCAUGCAUUUUUGUUAGGAUAAUUAUAGGUUGAGAUUAACAGCAUGGAUUACAUGGAUAUUGCGAAAAAUGAAGACGGCUUAGAACCGCAGGAUGCAAAUCACAGGGUGGAAAAGCUCAAGGAAGCACACCUUUUGUUAAAGAAAAAACUCAGCUUAUCCCACGAAUUAAUAAAGCAAUAUAAUGACAAAUUAAAGGAAUGUCAAGAAGUCAAUACUGAAUUGGAAGUAACCAAGCAUAAUGCAGAAACAAUAACACAAAAGCAUAGUUCAAGCUUGAUUAAAAUCACGCAAUUAUCACAAGAAAAUGAUGAGUACCGCCAAAAGAUUGAGAAUUUUUCAAAGACGAUAUCGGAUCAGGAAAUCAAAAUUGCAGCAGAUCGACAGCAUGUACAACAGCUUAUGUGCAAAAUGCAGGAGUCGGAGCAGAUGCACUUAUCGGAAUCUAAAAAAGUGAAUCACUGGAAAGAGAAAGCAAAGAUGUUAGAAAACCAGUUGAAGGAAGUCAAAAAGUUACACGAAGUUCAAAUUAAAGAAAAGGAAACGCAAAUCGACGUUCUAAAAACUGCUGGCACUGUGAAAAAUCAAACUAAAAAGGAAACCAAGAUCACACACGAGAAAUCUACGUGUAUCGGUAAUGAACUUGAACCAGUCAUAUUGAGACCGAAAAUGGUGGACAAAUGCGUAUUGACGAACGAUUUUUACAGCAUAAAAGAUGAUCCGUACCCUCUAUUUUGUACAAAAUGUGAAGUAAAAUUGGACCCUGCUCCAUUGGACCAGAUACUCGACAAGAUGUCAACCUGUCCUGAUCUCAUCACAGAAGUUACAUCCCCCCCUAGAAAACCUAUGAUCACCAGACCGCACACAAACCCUCAAGAUUCAGUACAAAGGGAAUUGAUACAGCCUGAAGCCAUAAGUGACAAUGUAUGCACUCUAAGUCAAAAUUUGGAACAUACAGAGAAGAUUUCUGACAUAUCAAAGUCCGAUUUCAAGCGAUUGGAGCAUAAAAUUUGCCUGCUUGAACGGGAGCUGCAAAAAACGAGAAAGAAAGAUAUGCGAAUCAGAAAUCAAUGUUCCAGUUGCCAGCAUCUCAAAAACUGUUACGUAGCGCCACCCUAUCAUAAUAUAUUUCAAUCUGGAGCUAUGAUGCAAACUCAAGCUGAAUUUCUAGAAUUUAAAAAUUGGCAACAAGGUUUGAUAAAUCGGAAGAGAAGGUGCCCAAUUAAUAGCCAAAAAUCUGGUAGGCGUCGAAAAAAGUGGAUGAGAAAACAAAAAUUGCAAGACGGUACAUCAGAAUGGCACAUUGAUCCUAUUCCAGUAAGAGAACCUAUAGAUUUCAAUCAUGGCAAUAUGCUUAGAACGCAUUCUGAGACAUCGAACGACCAAUUAAGAGCCAAAUCACCUCUGUUGAACUGUCAAGAGACGAAGAUUAAGUCAUCGAAGCGCCACAAGAAAAGAACUAAGGAACUAUUGAACUUAUUUUCUACGAGCUCAUGUGCCACGUCACCAAGUCAUUCAGAUCUUGAUUCAGAUGUAUUCAUGGAUGAAGAACUUUGCGACAAAAAGCAAAUGGACUCGCCGGAAUCUGAUUUGUCCAUGGAUCGAGAAAUAGUUAGAAAUUCUGAUAGAACGUCCGAACAUUUACUUACAAGUGAACCGGUAGAAUGUAUUUCUAAUGAACAAAUUAAAAGUGUGAAGAAAUCACAGCGAAAGUCGACAAAACUUUCGUUAGUGAGAAAAAUGAGGAAUUUAAAAAAGAUCUGCAGUGACACAAAGCCUCCAAUAAAGAAUGUUGUAUCUGUAAGCAACAAAAAACCACAUUUAGUCCAUACUCAAGUGACUGUACAGAAUUCAAAUAUCAAUAACGAACGUGGAAAUGAUGUUGGUUCAACUCAUUUAGUUGAAAAUAAAGCAAGUUUGAAUGUCAACAAUGAUUACAGCCAUGCGAAGAAACAUAGAAUAGCGCAUACCACUCGCAAACCAGGAAACAGAUCUCUCUAUGGUGUGAUUUCCAAUUCAUCAGGAUUACCAAAGAUUAUAGAAUCAGAAAAAUCUUCGUUCGAAGAUAAGUCUGUCAACAAUAAUACAUUGGAUAAUUCUGAGGGUGAAAAUGCUGCAGCAGUUGAAGUAUCCAAUGGCUGUAUAGGUAAUACAGAAAGGACCAGUUACAAGAGAGAUUUCAAUUCCUUAGCUGGGUACGAAGGUGAAAAUAGAUCAAAUGAUAUCAGUGAUACUGAAUUCCCUUCAUUGGCAACUAAACCGAGUGUCACAUGCAGAAAUGGCAACACUGACAAAAUUAGGUCCAAUGAUCGGACAGAUAUGAAGGAAUCUGUUGUGAAUAAAACUUCAGUUAACAAGGAUGUGAUUUCUCGUCAACCAUCUAUUGUUAUACCCAGAAUGUAUUUUGACGUUGCCGGUGUUGUAAAUUCCUCCAGUGGUAUGCAAUGCUCAGAGAGUAUCGAGACAAGAAAAGACUCACCUGUACCUAAUUCUGAUGAAGUUAGCAAAAUCGAUACACCGCUAAGAAUCUUAAGAUCUAAAACCAAAGUCAAAAGGUCUAAUAGUACAAUAUCGUCAAGCACCGAGCCUACACAAACUACUGAAGAUGCAGUUAACCGAAAUCCCACACCUAAUAAGCCUAAGAGAAUAUCACAGUUAACAAACGUGGAACUUGCAUCCCACAGUGAUGUUAUUCAUUCACCAGAGUCUCUUGAUAAUGAUGGUGUGUUAGAGGUAGAAUUAGAUGUUCAUGAUACUUCUAUUUCGGUCGAAUCUGAUGAAUGUGAAGACUCGAAGAACAAAUCAUUCAACAAUGAGAACGCUGUUCCCAUAUUGGCGAAGCGACCAUAUAAAAAGAGAAGAAGAGUUGAUUUGUCAACUCCUAGUCCCAUCAGAGAGUUAAGAUCAAGGAGUAUAUUGUUGAGCCCUUCAAAAAAUUCAUUAAAACAUGACGGUGAGGAAACGAAUAACGAGAUUGCAUCAAAUGCCACAGAGUUAGAGUUAGCAAAGUGUAAUGUCAAUAUGCAAUGCAACAAAAGCUUUGGUCCAAUAUCAUUGCUCGAGCAAUAUUUAACGGAACAAAAGUCCAGUACAUGCAAGAAAUUCAAUAAAAAGCUACAGCAAAGAAAGGAAAAUCUAGUCUUAAAGGAAUUGUCUGAAUUAGUUGUAAACGAGGAAUGGACAAAAAUCGCACUUUCAAAUGCGACUGAAAGGCUUUCACACUUCAAAAAACAUACAUUAGCAAAGUGUACAGUUGACUUCUUGUGCACAAAAGCAAUGGAACAUGAGUUGUUGGAUCGUACUUAUACACCUCCAGCUCCGAUAUUGUCAAAAACACAACAGCGAAUUAUCACUAUGCUGAUUGUCCUAAAUCGAACGAUACCUGACCUAAUCACACUUGUUCAAACUGGGAUUGAGUAUAAGCUUUUCCGGCUGGGUUUCGCACCUGAGGUAGAAGUUGUCGAAGAACUAGUACGCGUAUUCACUGCAUUGGCUCGAAUACAGAAAGACAGGGAAAAAAUUAGAAUUCUAUGCUGCGAUGCUAUAUAUUGCCUUGGGAUGAAGGCAAUCCCUCUCGUGUACACCGUUCUUAUUAGUUGGCCUGAAGUAUUACCCAUGGCUGGAACAAGCAAUGAUCCACUGCUUCUGUGCCUAACUCAGGCGAUAGUUAUGCAGACCGGCGAUACAUCAUUCCCCAAGUUCUUACCCCUGAAAAAGCUUCUUUCCGGCUAUUAUAAGUACACGUCUGACGACCCUUUCUAUACAAAAUUAACGCAGAAUUUUAUGACUGCUUUAAAAGAUAAACGUCAAAACGGUUUGGAUACAGCAAUAAUACUUCUUGCUAAAAAGAAAGGUGCAAUUUGGGCUUAUAAGAAUAUUAUUCAGGGUGGCUUGUUGCAGAUGAUCAUUGAAAGGGUUCAUCCGUCUAUAUACGAUGCCUUUUGUCUCCUAGGUUACAUAAUGCGAUCAUUUUCGGUAAAUGACAAGGAAGGUUUCGUGAAAAACAUCCUUGAACAGCUGUGUGCGCUCAUGGUAUCUGGAGAAGGUUCGAUGCAACAGCAAGAAGGUGUUGCAACAGCACUGAUAAGCUUAAAUCGACACAAAUUAGAUGUCGUGGCAAAGACUCUUUUAAAUUGGAAACCUUGCGAGCCGAUUUCGGAACCAACGACUCAACUGCUGACUAACUUGUUCCGUAUACACCAAACAAAGUGGUGGCUUAAAUUUAUCCGAAAGAACUCUAUAACAUUAUCUAUCGAUGCAAAGAUGUGAUCCAAACCAGGUUUGCCAUAUAUAUUAUUGCAGUUUAUUUCAGAUGUUUACGAUGAUUUACUUUCAUUUACUCAAUACCUGAUUCACACAUUUCCUCUGAGUAUUAAGGUUCAGAGUUUCUGAUCAGUAUACCAAACAGGGGCUUUAGUAAUGGUUAUAAUCGCAUCACCUAAUCAAUAAACUCCCUAAAGCAACACGACAUGAAGAUAAUUUUAAUUUUUAUUUAUUUAUACUUUGGAUGCAAGGUAAUUAAAAUUAAAAUUACGUGGGUAAUUUGAAAUUUUAAUAACUCAGUGGUUGAAUGAUUACAUAACAUUUGCUCAGUUUUUACUCUUUGCUUGUAGAUCUUGAACUACAACGAAAACGUUCAUGUAAUAUAGCUGUAAUACUUACAGGCAAUAUCGUAAGUACAAUAAAUUUCAAUUCAACAUUUUUAUAUUAUUGCUACUUUAUAAUUCUCAUUUUUCUGUCAUAUUAUUCAUGUAAAUGUCAACAAUGUUUUCAAGUAUACUUUGUAAAAUGUAGUUUCAAACGAUACAAUAUAUCAUACAUACGUUUUCGACAUGA